CGGGAAAGUGGUGGUCUGGGGCGGGGUCGGCGGCCCGCGGCGGCACGGCGCUGCGCGACGAAGAUGGCGGCCUCCGGCUGGGCCCGUGCCACCGUGGUCUUUCUCUGUGCCUCUGAACUGCUGCUGCUCCUGCUGCUGCCGCUGAGGGCCUUCGCCGCUGAGGGCCCAGCCGAGACGCCCGGCGAGGCCACCCCACCUAUCCGGAAGAAGAAGAAGGAUAUUCGCGACUACAAUGACGCGGACAUGGCUCGUCUUUUGGAACAGUGGGAGAAAGAUGACGACAUAGAAGAAGGAGAUCUCCCAGAGCACAAAAGACCCUCUGCACCUAUAGACUUCUCACAGAUAGACCCGGGCAAGCCUGAGAGCAUAUUGAAGAUGACAAAGAAGGGCAAGACUCUCAUGAUGUUUGUCACUGUAUCAGGAAGCCCCACGGAGAAGGAGACGGAGGAAAUCACGAGCCUCUGGCAGGGCAGUCUUUUCAACGCCAACUACGAUGUCCAGAGGUUCAUCGUGGGGUCAGACCGUGCCAUCUUCAUGCUGCGUGACGGCAGCUACGCCUGGGAGAUCAAGGACUUCUUGGUCAGUCAAGACAGGUGUGCCGAUGUAACUCUGGAGGGACAGGUGUACCCUGGCAAAGGAAGAGGAAGCAAAGAGAAAAAUAAAACCAAGCAAGAGAAAGGCAAAAAGAAGGAGGGGGGAGAGCCGAAACCUCGGGCUUCGAAGGAAGGCAAUCGAGCUGGGAGUCAAAGGGAAGAGCUGUAGCGGGGCAGCUGCGGGCUCUGCAGAGGAGCGCGGGGAGCUCAGCCAGGGCGCGUGGGCCGGGGGCGGGCAUGGGAAACCACACAGCCGUGAGUUCUCUGCUGGCAAAGGUCUGCCACAUGACCAGUUUCUGGUCAGUGUAAGAGUUACCGUUUAAAAGGCUUCAAGUCAGAAGACAGAGGUUUUGUAAUUAACAUGGGACACUGACAAAUUCAUGUUGACUAUAAAAUCACUCUAAAUGGAAA